AUGGGAUAUUUCACGACAACUGAGAGCAAUGCGUUCGACGUCGACAAUCCUUGGGACAUUGAUAAGAUGCUGGGCUACCAAGAGAAUGAAGGCGAGAGAGCUGCUGGCUUGCCCCCCAACAAUCAAUACAACCCACACGAUGAAUUUUACUACACCUUUUAG